AUGGUGGAGCUAGCCGCUUUACCAACCGAAGUUAUCCUUUAUGUAGCAGAGCAGCUGCAGUCACAGAAAGCUAUCAAUUGGUUUUCUCAGACAAAUCGACGCUUCCAUUGUAUUCUGGAUCCUUAUCUCUAUCGAUUCAAUGCUAAACACCGUCGCGCUUCGGCCUUGCGCUGGGCAGCACGUCAUUCAAAUAUCGAAGUUGCCAGAAAGUCACUGGAUGGAGGUGCCAACAUCCAUAUCAGAGCAAAGAUAUGCCCUCACUUAAAUGUAUUCCAAGAAGCUGUGUGUGCUCGGAAUAGAAUCAAGAAAUGGCUUGCGAGGCCCUGCCACCCUAAUGAAUCUAGGCGGCAAUAUUCUCUGCGCGUGCAUGAUAUGCCUUGCCCAAAAAAUGACGCAAUGCUUCUGUUCUUACUCGAAAGGGGGGCGUAUGUCGAUAGUAUGUUCAAGAGUAGAGAGACACCCUUGUUCGCUGCAGUCAACCAACCAGAUACGCAGCUUGUCAAACUUUUGAUAGAGAAUGGAGCUAACGUCAAUUUUUCCAACGAUGUGGGUAAUACGAUUUUACACGAGGCAGUAACAGGUUGUAACGCUUGGGUUGUCCGUUUUCUGCUAGAAAAUGGUGCCAGCGUUCACUCCAGGAACGUCUUCGGAUGCACCCCGUUGCAUCUCGCAUCCAGAGGAAGAAUUCUGGUCCAACUAUGGGCAAAUAUCGAACGCAGUAACUGUUUGCCCGGUAUGAGUUCGCGGUUCUGCGCAACACAAUGCCGGCGGAAACUGCUAGAAUGUGACGCAGACGCCGGAGCCAAAGAUCCGUAUGACCCCGACGUUCGAUGUGAAGUAGUUCAAAUUUUGAUCGAAAGUGGUUCAGAUCUCGAAGCCAGAACGGUUGACGGGGUUACCCCAGUGCUGUUUGGAGCUUUGUAUGGUGCCGAACUGAAAGUACUUCGGGUGCUGGUUGAGAAUGGUGCAAGAACUGAUAUCGAGAAGCCGGAUGGAACCUCGCUAGUCAGUUUAGCGGAGUCUCGCCAUGAGUUAACCGAAAUUUUGAUCGCCAAUUCACCGCAGCCUGUGGAUCACGAUUGA